GCAGUUCCACUUCUGACUUCGUGGCUCAUUGAACUGAUUAGCUGACGUUUAUUUUUCUUUAUCGUUUCUCGUCAAAGCGCAGGAAAAUGUCACUUUUAUCGGUGACCCUCGCCGCUGCGCUGCUGCUCAUCUUGGAGGCUUCGGGGAAAACUGUGAGGGGGGUCUUCAGGAGCGAAGCGGCCAGGGAAGAAAAUGGCCAGUUCAUCACCAAAUUCAUGUAUCAAGGUAAUGCCGGCCUGUUGGUGUGUCGUCUGGACAACCCAUCCCUGGCAGCAGAGAAGGAGGCUAGACUGCUGCUGUACCAGGACCUGGAUUCAGACCUGGACAACCUGAGCUGCUCCCAGCGACUCGGCAGAGCCCAGUUUAACAUUCCUCUCAACCAGGAAGAACGUAACAAGACAAUCCCUCAUCAGUCUUCGCCUACAGCCUGGCAGGUCUUCUAUGCUGACAGAUAUACUUGUGAGCAGGAAAGCUCAGUAACUCCAUCCUAUGCCGAUGUCAGCUUCAGUCUACUGCUGUUUAAUUCCGACUCUGCUGGGAACCCGCUGGAUCACUUCAGCGCAGAGGAAGCAGGGCUGCAUAGUUUCUACUUCCUCCUGCUGCUGGCCUACUUCAUCGCCUGCUGCAUCUACAUCCAGCCUCUGCAUCAGGCGCUGAGGAAAGGGGGGCCCAUGCACACUGUCCUCAAGGUGCUGACCACAGCGCUGGCUCUGCAGGGCUGCUCUGCCCUCUGCAACUACAUCCACCUGGCCAGAUACUCCAGAGACGGAACUGGCAUCCCGCUGAUGGGCAGCCUGGCAGAGUUCUGGGAUAUGGUGUCCCAGGUGUCCAUGCUGUACAUGCUGCUGAGCCUGUGUAUGGGCUGGACUCUGAGUCGAGGCAGGAAGCCUCAGUCCAGACCUCUGCAGUGGGAACGGUCCCCAGCUUCAACGGCCGUUGCCGUUGGGGGGGUGGUCACUCAGGGUGUGCUGCUGCUGUGGGAGCAGUAUUCUGAAUCAGAGAGUGAACAUCACAGCUACCACGCCCAGCAGAGUCUAGCAGGUCUCCUCCUCCUGGCUCUGAGAGUGGGCCUCUCCCUCCUGCUGGCGUCUGUCCUCUACCAGAUCAUCUCCACAGAGAGGAGCACCCUGAAGAGAGACUUCUACCUCACCUUUGCUAAGGGCUGCUUCCUGUGGUUCCUCUGUCACCCCGUCCUCGUUCUCAUAUCUGUGAUCUUCAAUGACCACCAGAGAGAGAAGGUUGUCACCAUCGGAGUGAUCCUCUGCCAGUCCAUCUCCAUGGUGAUCCUCUACCAGCUCUUCCUGUCUCGCUCCCUCUACUGGGAGGUUUCCUCCCUCUCCUCUGUCUCUUUGCCGCUCACCAUGUCCAGAACGAACCACAGGGGGCGCUUAUGAGCUCAGCUGCGUUCCCAGCUCUGUGAGAUUACGGCGCAGAUUGAGGCGUCUCCUCUAACCAUCCUCUGUCUCUGUCAGAGGAGCCGCUCAGCUGUUACUGCAACGUUACUACCUCUGACUUCUAACUGCAGAAUGUGGCUGGGGAUAAAGAACCACUUAGAGGGUCUCUGGGAUGUUAAGAUGCAUGGCCAAGCAUGCAUCAGCAGGUGAUAUAGACGUCAGCAGAUAAAACAAUUAAGCUUGGAUGGUGCAAAGUCACCAUGCUGAUAUUAGAUAAUUGAAAGGAUCUAAGAGAGUCUGCAUGCAGAUAGGGGUCCUUGCCGCAGAUUUCUGACUUCUUUUCAUAUCUUACAGCCACAAACUCUUUGUUUCCUUCCACUCUUCACAGCUUAAGGGAGGAAAAAUGAGCCAUUAGCACAGAUUAGCAGUUUAGGAUCUGCUGGAUUGUUCUACCAGGAUUCUUCUUUGUUCUGCUUCUUAUCCUGUUUUAAAGAAAAUGAUCCCCACAGCAUGAUGCUGCCACUGCUGUGUUUCAACAUGUUUGGGAUCUCAAUUUCUGACCUUCAAAAAUCUUCAUGGGGUAAUUUAUCUAUCUUGUGCUGAAAUCAAACAGGGAAUUGGUUUGAGCUGUAUUUCUCUGCAGCUCCUCCAAAGUUCCCAAAGAAACUAAUGGCUGCUUCUCUAAUUAGGUUAAAGUCAGAGGCCUUCAAAAAACAAGCUUAACUUGUCCAUUUUUUUCAUUCAUUUACGUUUUGUUGUUUAAUCUCAAUCCUAAAUAAACUACAUUGCAGUGUUUAGUUGUAACGUGAAUAAAAGUUUACAGGGUAAGAACAGUGUUGCAGCGAGCCGUAUAGAGAUGCAGGGAGUUUAUAUUACAGUUUGGAGCCUCUAAUUUGCCAAAGAGAUGGAUCAGCUUAGAUUUAAACAGACCAACAUUUGUUUUAGCAGCAGUUUCCCGCUUUUGUACAUGAUUCUAUUAUUAUAAUUCAAUAUUUUUGGUGGGCUUUAUACAUUUUAUUGAGAUUUGGGGGGAUAAAAAAGUAAAAGAUGAAGGUGAGCUCAGUAGAGAGGUUUCUGUGGCUUAUCGCAAAGUGUCUGGAUAGCUGAAAAUGUGACAGUAGCAUGUGGGAUGCAAAUCAUUUAAACUACAUUAUCUCUGUAGCUGCAGUGUUUAGCAUGACUCUAAAAUGCAGAUAUAGAGGAUUACUAAGGCUAUCUUUGACAUGAAAUUAAGUGUAUAUACAUUCCAGUGAUAUUUGUUUGUUUUUUUUUAAUUAUUGUGCUAAAACUGAAUUAUGUUUGUUUCAAAAUGCUGCCUGAUGGAAUCAGAUACACAACUGCAGUACAGGAGCCAAGAGAGAAACUGACAUCUUUUGUAUUUAUUCAUGUAUUUAUUUUUUUUAAGUGAUUCAAAAAUAAUUUACUGUAGAGUUUCAGGUGGGAUUUAUUCAGCAGACUGUUUAAAAAUAGCCAUUUCCUAACGUUCUGUCUGCUAAAUCAGAAUUAUUUUAAUUAGCAGUAAAAAAGGGCAAAAUCCUGCACCAGCACUGCUCAAACUGUUUGGUCAAAGAGGCUGACAAGCUUCUACACGACCAUUAAAAUAUACUUGAAUGUAAAGUUUUUGUUUUUCUCCUGUUAUAAAUGUGCAAAAUAAUCGUAUUCCAUGUUGCUUUGCACUUGAACAGUGCAUGUGUCGAUCAUUGCUUUAUGCAUUAUACUGCAGCACAAUGACAAUCUAGCAUUUAGUAGCCUAUAAAAUGUAAUGUUUUGGUAUGUAAAUGUAUCUAUUCAAACAUGAAUGCCCAUGUCUUACAAGAUGUCACCUGUGGAAAUAAACAUGCCAA